ACUCAUUGCUGCCGCAUGGGUUGGCUUGUUGUUUGAGUAACAAAAUUGUUUUCAAAUUUUCGAACAAAAAAGAAAAAGACGAAGACUUUUCGCAUUCGCGUCCCAACCACUUGAGAUUUGACAGAAAAGUGAAGGCUAUUUCUGCCGGUUUUUCGCAAUUUUUGCUAGUUAUUGUUGUUGUUUGCAUAUGCUGUAUAUUCUUUGUUGCUAGUUCGAAAAGCCUCAAGUCCAAGUGUUUUGUUUUGUCGUCGAUUAAAAGAGAGAUAUAGGCUCUAGGCUAUAGCUAGUGCUCCACUUGACGCGAUCUAUAAACAACAGUUUUUCGCGUAUGAUCAAUCGAAACGCAAAGCAAAGAUCAUCGGCAGCGACAGCGGCGUGGCACUUCUUGAUACAAGAGAAAAAAAAAAGUAAUAGCACCUCAUAGUUAAGUGAGUGUAGUGCUCGAUCGUGUGUGAUAUAGCUACGACAAAAUAAGUUUGCGUUUCGCAUUCAUUUUGUUGUGAAGCAUAAAUUAUACUGAGUUGAUAACAUUUCGAUUAUACUUUGUGUUAUCAGUCGUCAUCAUCAUCGCUGAUCGCGUAACUAGGCGAUCUUCUAUUUUUAUAUUUCGAUAUAAUUUUCGUGAUAUUAUUUUAAAUUUACGGGGAAUAAAUUCAUUUCCAAAAAGAAUGAUGUGAUAAAUAAAAUAUAAACUGAUCUCUUUGCACUCAAAAACCUGCAAAUUCUCAGACUGAAUUAAAAAAAUACUUAUAUAGCUAUCCCAAAAUAGAAACCAUAAAUCCAAAAAUACACAUAGAAACCAGCGCCACCUAUCUCCUUCACACUAAAAACACACAAUCAUCAUCACAAUGGAAUGGUUUCGUAAAAUACGCGAAAGCAUCAAACCCUCCAAAUUACCUGAAAAUGUCGACGAUGGACUGGAAACACUGGAAGAAUACAACAAACGUUGGGUGUCAGUUCGUGUCAUAUAUUUCACCAUGUUCCUGAUGUCACUUGCUUUCAGUAUAAUUCUAACUGGUGUAUGGCCAUUCUUGGAUAAGCUAGAUCCGAAAGCGGGUAAAGAAUUUAUGGGUCUUGUUGUGGCAGCCAAUCCUUUGGGACAAAUGAUUUUUAGUCCGCUCUUCGGCUAUUGGCAAAAUAAAUCUGGUACAAUGAGGAUACCACUUUUAUGCUCAUUGACAACUUUCUCGGUUGCCAGUGCCAUAUAUUCGUCCUUGGAAUUGGUGCCAAGUCAUGUGAAAUAUUGGAUGUUGGGAUCGAGAUUCCUUAUAGGAGUUAGUUCGGCCAACAUUGCUGUAUGCCGUUCGUACUUAUCAUCUGCGACGAGAUUAAGUGAACGCACUGGUGCGGUAUCAAUGAUUUCGUUGGCCCAGGUCUUGGGCUUUAUUGUGGGGCCUGCGUUACAAGCAGCCGUUACACCGUUAGGUAGCCAAGGCUUUAGAAUACUUUGGGGAAGUGUGAUUUUGAAUAUGUACACAGCUGCUGGAUGGAUCAAUGUUUUGAUGGGAAUUGCCAAUAUUAUUAUGUUUAUGCCAAAUAUUUUUGAGGAACGAAAAGUUGCAGCUCGUGAAAUUAUGAUAAUGCAAGGUAGAACCUCAGAGAAGGAAACUUGGAAGGCCAUGAAACCGGAUUAUGUCUCAGCAUGGACAUUGAUUGUAGCCUUUUUCGUUCUUGUGUUUAACUUCGUUCUUCUUGAGACUUUGGGAACAUCACUCACAAUGGAUCAAUUUGCAUGGUCCAAAGAGCAAUCCCUAUGGUACAUGGGAAUUCUUCUAUCCGUUGGCGCAGUUAUAGCAUGCGUUACAUUUGUAGCCAUAAAACCCCUUUGUAAGAUGUUCCGAGAAGAAUACGUCCUUAUCUGGGGUGGUUUCUCACUUAUGGUCCUCGGACGUGUAUUGUACAUUCCUUGGGGUAGCGGUCCUCCAAAAAUUGCAGAAGUUUUCAACAUAACCAUUCCUCUGGGAGCACAUGGAUUAAAUAACUCAAUUUACGAUAACCCCGAUAGUGAAAUCUAUCUUGGCUGUCCCAAAACACAGGAAUGGUGUGUUGAUACCCCAGCUUUAACCUUAAACCAAUUUAUUAUUGGUUUUGCUUUCACUUCAAUUGGUUACCCUAUCGGAGUAACUCUUAUUCAAACGAUAUUUUCAAAAAUCCUUGGCCCAAGACCUCAAGGUGUUUGGAUGGGAAUGAUGACUGGAGCUGGCUGUUUAUCUAGAGUUUUGGGACCAAUUUGUGUUGGUUCAAUAUACACACGGUUUGGAACAUAUUGGACAUUUGGAAUGACGGGAACUAUGAUGAUGAUCUCGAUGGUGUGGUUGUUACUUUUCAAACAACGAUUAAUUCCACCGGAAGUGGAAAAACACGCCCCAGUAGAAAUGCAACCAUUGAAUGUUGUUCUAUUGGAAAAUGGACAAAAGGAUUCAACUUUAGAAACAAACAGUAAUAAUGAAGUUUUAAAUCAGGAAUCGAAAGAUGGCGAAAUUCUCUUGCCUAACAGUAAAAGUGUAACCAUUGUACCAAAAACGUAGUAGAUUUAAGUAUUAGGAAUUGAUUUAAUUUUUUUUUGUUUUACAUUAUUUUUUAUGAAAGUUCAUUUUUUAUUUUUUCUUAUAUAUUAUUUACCAUUGUAAUAUUAAUACUUAUAUAUAUUUUUUAAAAAUAAAUUUAAGGUUAAAUAUACUGCCCGAUUUGUAAUCGAUUUUUUUAAGAGAUUUAAAAUAAAAAAAAUUAUGGAAAUUUGUUAUAAAUUGGAUACACUGGACAUUCAUUACUUAAAUUUUGUACUUAUUUUUUUCCUGUAAGAAACUAAAAAAUCUGAAAAAUCAAUUUAAAAUUUCGACAUAAAUUGCGGCGGUUUCUAUGGGUUGGGCCCUUUACCGAAACAAUCAUAAGUGACAGCUGUCAAAUUUCAGAGUCUCCACUUGGCAUUAUUUAAAAAGUUCACUAUUCUU